AUGGUAGAGUUCAUUGUGAAAGCUAUGGAGGUUGGUCUUACUGAGGUAAAAAUCCUGGACGACGUGUGCAAAUGUAAGAAGCUCAAUGAUCUAGCACCAACAUCACCCAAUAAAGUUUUAUCCAACAAGUCAAGAACGAAAGGUUUGAGCAGAAACUUAGCAAGAAAAGAGUUUCAAUUUGAGUUGGAGGGAAAAGAUGGAUCUUCGACAACAAUGUUUUAUUCCCUAUUAAGGGUUAUGGCCAGGAAAGUCAGAAUCGUGCUGCUCGCUAAUGGAUUCCUAAUUGGAUGUGGACUGCUGAAGAUGAGAUUGGUGGAGCUAUCAUGA